AUGGAGGAUCCUUCGAGUCGAGGAGGCGUGGGCAGUGGAGCCAGCAUGAGUGGAGGCCGCGGCUUCUUCACCGCUCGCGGCCCCGCCGGCACCUCCGCGCGCCUCUCCACCCGCUCCUCCUACGAUGAGUCCGUGCACGGCUCCUUCGGGCACGGUGGGCUGCAGCGCGAGGGGGCCACGCGGGACAUGCGCUUUGCGGGGUCGGCGCUGGCGGAGGUGCCAUUCUUCGCAGACGUCCCCAGCCACGAGGCCGCGCUGUCCGUCACGGUGGUGCGCGCGCUGUGUCUGUCCAAGGCGGCGUGGGAGCUGCUGGCGGAGCAGUUCCCGCACCAGGCCAGGAUAGUGCUGGACAACCUGCAGUCCCGCCACGAGGCCGAGCUGUUCUCCGCGCUGCACUCCGCCGCCUCCUCCAGCCAGCUCAGCCCCGCGCAGCUGGAGACAGCCAUCAGCCUCAUGAAGGCGGAGGAGGGCAUUGACUCCAUGGACCCGCAGCUGCUGGUGGAGACGCGGGCCGCGCUGACGCAAGCCCAGAUGGACCAGCUGCUGCGCCUGGACGACAUCCGGGCAGUGGUCCGCGCACACGUGCACAAGGUGGACAGCCUGCGCACCUACCGCUUCCUGCAGCAGGCGGCGCUGGGGGACGUGGACACGCUGCGCAACAUGCUGAACCAGGGCAUGAGCCCCAACUCGGCGGACUAUGACGGGCGCACGGGGCUGAUGCUGGCGGCCAAGGCGGGGCAUGAGGGAGUGGUGCGUCUGCUGUUGGACCACGGGGCCAAGGCCGACCAGCUAGAUGCCUUCGGCAACUCCGCGCUGACCGAGGCUUGCAAGGCGGGCAACGACAAGGAGAUCGAGCUGCUGCUCAACUACGGGGCAUCGCUUGGCGUGAAUUCGCUGCAAGUCGCUGGAACCAUGUGCACCGCCGUCUUCGAGGGGGACCUCAUCAAGCUGCGCCGCCUGCUACGCGCCGGCGCGCCGCCCGACGCCUGCGACUACGACCGCCGCUCAGCGCUGCACAUCGCGGGCGCGGAGGGCAACCUGGCUGCGGUGAAGCUGCUGAUACAGGAGGGCGGAGCCGACCCCAACUUCCAGGACCGCUGGGGCAACACGGCGCUGGAUGAGGCUCGCAGGGUGGGUGCGGAGCCUGUGGUGGUGUAUCUGGAGGGGUUGGAGUCGCAGGAGCGGCUUGCGCUGAGUGACGAGCAGGUGCGGCGGCAGAUCAAGACGGAACUGCUGACGGCGUGCACGCAUGGUGACGUGGCGCGCAUCACGCGGCUGUUUGCGGCGUCGCGGCCGCCCUGCGUGCACACUGCGCUGCUGGUGGCGGCGGCGGAAGGACAGCCGGGUGCCGUACAAGCGCUGAUCAAGUGGACGAGCGGCCGGGUGCUGGAGCGUGUGGGGCACGUGGCGCUCCUGGAGGCGGCCGACAUGGGUCACGUGGAGGUGGUGCGGCUGCUGCGAGCUGCGGGCGCCAGCCUGCCCGACCCGGCGGCCGACACGAAUGUGGCGGUGCUGGAGGCGGCGGUGCUGCGGCACGACCUGCCGGUGGUUGCGGCGCUUCUAGCGGCGGGGGUGCAUGUCAUGCCGGCGGGGGUGCUGAAGCUGAGUAACACGACGACGACGAGGGUGUGCACGCCGUUGGCAGAAGGAGGCGAUGGCGAUGCCAGCGGCGGCGGCGAAGGUGCAAGUGCGGACGCAGCAAUUGGUGUGAGCAGCAGCAACAUCAGCCCCAACACCAGAGGCGUGAUCCUGUCGGGAAGCGGGGGGGCCCGGGGGGCGGGCACGUGUACAGCACUGCACCUGGCUGCGGGCAUGGGCAAUUUGGAUCUGGUACGGCUGCUGGUGGAGGUGGGCGGCGCCUCCGCACGUGCGCCGGACACCACCGGCGCCUCCGCAGCGAGUUUGGCUGAGAGGGCAGCUGUGCUGCACUCGGGUAGUGCGAUACACCAGCGUGUGGCUGAGUACCUGAGCUGGGCGGCGGCGCAGGGGGAGGAGGUGGACCCGGUGGUGGCGGUGGCGAAGCACGGGCCGCUGCCGGAUGUGAGCAGCAGCCAUGCGGCGGCGGCAGCGGCGGCACAGGAGGAGGCGGAAGGGAAGAAGAAAACGAAGAAGAAGAAGCAGGAGGAUAAGGAGAAGAAGGAGAAGAAGAAGGGCGUGCUGAAGAAGUCGGAUGCCUCCUCCUCAUCUGACAGCUCAGGCGACAGCGAGGGCCAGGCGCGGAGCAAACGCAACGGCCCAGCCAGCUCCGCUACGGCCAUCAUCGUGCCGCCGCCCUCCGGCUCCACCACCACCCGCACCCUCAACUCCAACGCCAGUAUCCGCAACAGCCUGCGCCCCUCCACCUCCCUCAAGCGCAUCUCUAGCGUGCGGGUGCUGCUGCAGGCCUCCGCGCCCCCAGGACCCCAAACCGCACAACAAUCCCAGAGCUAUGCCGCCGCUCCGAGCCCCGGCACCCCCCCGGGUGCCGCCGCCACAGCGCCCAAGCUCUCCGGCAGCGGCGCCGACGACGACCCCGACCCGGCCGACUACAGCCGCGUGCCCAUUUACGACAUCACCGCAGCCUCCGCCGGCUCCUGCGCCUCCUCCUUCGCUCAGCCCUCCUCCCGCCGCUCCUCCCAGUGCCGCCGCGUGUCACUGUGGGACGCGGGUGGGACUACCGGUGGUACUGGUGGCGGAGGGCAGGGGCCGCCGGCCUCCUCGCCCCUACCGAGGCUUAGCGAAGAGAUUUCGAUGCCGCUGCAAGCCGAGCGGCAGCCGCCGCUGCUGCUGCCUCAAGCUCCGCAGCCUCAGCAGCAACAGCAGCAGCAGCAGCAAGGGCAACAGGGCCAGCCGUCUCCGUUGCAGCAGGGGCAGUCGGGGCGGCUGGCGACUCAGACGCUGCUGGAGCAGCAGCAACCCAGCCUGCAGCGGCGCAUGUCUCGAAGCGCGAGUCGCACCGUCGGCCACUCUCGUAGCAGCCUGGGGAGCAGCCUGAGCAGCAGCACACGCAGCACAGGCGGAGGGGGUGCCGGCGGUGGUGGCAGCUCUGCUAGCAAGGGAAGCAUCCUAGUGCUGUCGCCACGGCCGGCGUCGCUCACCUCCCAACAACAACCGCAGCAGCAGCAGCAGCAGCCUCAGUCCUCGCUGCCUGACCUGCUAGAGUCGGAAACAGAGAUGGAGCUCGAGCCCGCAGCAGGCGACGGCUUGGGAGUGACGGCAGCGAAAAGCGUCACGGCGCCCCUUGGCGCGGGGUUGACGUCGGCAAACGCGAUGGCGGCGGCAGCUCAGGAGCUCCGUCGGCUUGAGGGCCGUAUUGAGUUCCCAAGCGUGGGGCCGUCUGUCCGCUGGCAGGCGUCGGAUGUCAUCAGCGGUGGAGCCAGCGGCGGCGGCAGCGGCGGCGGCGGCAAUGGUGAGGAGCGCUGGAGCGCCGUCAGCACCGCCAGCAGCAUCCGACUUGGGGGGCAACGCAGCGGCCUGCGAAAUGCCGUGUCAAUGCCACAGCUGCAGCACCCCCAGUACAUGCAACAGCAGCAACAGCAACAGCAGCAUCCGGCGGCGGCGGCAGCGUUAUCGUCGUCAGCGUCCCCAGCUCGGCCUCCCAGUGUGUUGCCGGCGGGCUUGCCAGGCGCUGUAGGGGUGACGGAGGAUGGGUUCCUAGCGGCGCCGCCAGCCGCCUGCUGCGCCGAGGAUCUCCUCGCUGGCUCAAUAUCCCCAGCGGCCUUGUCCCGGUCGUCUGCACUCUCAGCAGCCAUGUCAAGAGCAGCCUCCUCCAUCGCCAUGCCUGCGAUGGCAGCAGCAACACCAGCAGCGGGCGACGUUGGCUUCGGCGGCGGCAGUGGCGGCAGUGGCGGCAGUGGCAGCUACCAUCUGCUGGGUGUGCAGGGACCUUCCCCGUCGCCGCCGUCGCUGUCUGUACAGCGCUUGCGGUCGCGUCUGGGCGAGCUGAGUGCUACUGCUGGCGGGGGCGGUAGCCACCGGUGGUCUGAAGGCACGUUGGGCUGCGGCGGCGGCAUGGCCUCUGUUGGGUCCGUGUCAGUUGAGGGUGGUGGUUACGAGGGCAGUUGGAGUACAGGUCCUGCCGUAAUGAUGGCGGCCGGCCAGGGCGGGAUUGGGGUUGGUGUUGGGGUUGGCAGCGCGAUGACUGCCGAGUUUGCGGUCGGGAGUCCCCCAGCUGCCUCUUUGGCGGCUGGCAGCCGGGGCAGCACCAGGAGCAAUAGGGCGGGGAGUUGGGGCUCCGAAGCCGUGCCCAUGCUGAGGGCUGAGGUCGGUGCUGCUGCGGGUGCGGCUGGUGGGGCUGUUGUGGGGUCAGGGACAGGGGCAGGUGGCCCUAGCUUGAGCCAGUCGCCAAGAGGGGG